UGGCUCUGCCCACAAGCUGCCUCUCCGUCUGGGAGUGUUUCCCAUUUAAACAAACACGGUCCUUCCGAAGAUGGCGGAGAGUUUGUAGAGAUGUAAAAGAAACAGUUUUUCAAUGAAAACGUCGAAGCGGGCGGCGACAGCACACUGAAGUUGCCCAGAGAACCCACAGAUGGCGCUUAACUGGCGAUUUUACACAUCAAGGCGCUGAGAUGCUCUGACGAUGAGUGGCAUAGGAGACAACUCGUUGGAGCCGCUGUGCUCGGACCGCAAACGCAAACUGUCCACCUGCGACACGCCGGGCAUCGGGUGUGACAAGCGUCGGCGGGAACAGGAGACCAAGUACAUCGAGGAGCUGGCUGAGCUCAUCUCCGCUAACCUCUCGAACAUCGAUAGCUUCAACGUGAAGCCCGACAAAUGCGCAAUCCUCAAGGAGACCGUGCGGCAGAUCAGACAAAUCAAAGAGCAAGGCAAAAACUCUUGCAGUGCCGACGAUGUCCAGAAGGCGGAUGUGUCCUCCACCGGUCAAGGGGUCAUUGACAAAGACCACCUGGGACCCCUGCUUUUACAGGCCCUAGACGGGUUUCUUUUUGUGGUGAACCGAGAGGGAAGCAUUGUGUUUGUGUCGGACAACGUGACACAAUACCUUCAGUACAAGCAGGAGGAGCUCAUCAACACCAGCGUGUACAACAUCAUUCAUGAUGACGACAGGGAGGCGUUCCACAAGAAUUUGCCCAAAUCUGCCGGUCCAAACGGGGGCUCGUGGGCGGGAGAGGCACCCAGACAGAAGAGCCACACCUUCAACUGUCGCAUGUUGGUCAACUCGGUCCACGGUCACAGGCAUGGGUUGUCGGAGGACAGAGUUGGUGGACAGCGCUACGAGACCAUGCAGUGCUUUGCCCUCACGCAGCCCCGGGCCAUGAUGGAGGAAGGGGAAGAUCUCCAGUCAUGUAUGAUCUGCGUGGCCCGACGCAUCACGGCACUCGAGAGGACGGAGCGCUUCAGCACGCGUCACGAGCUGUCGGGUAAACUUAUUGAAAUUGAGCAGCACAGUACUCUUCACACCACCAUGCGCCCUGGUUGGGAGGACCUGGUGAGACGCUGCAUCCAGAUGUUCCUCAGCCGGAGCGACGGGCAGCCCUGGUCUUACAAACGCCACUAUCAAGAUGCUUUCCACAAUGGCCACGCAGAGACACCUCUCUACCGAUUCUCCCUCGCCGAUGGCACCCCCGUCACAGCCCAGACGCGAAGUGACCUCUGCAGGAAUCCCAACAGCAACGAACCCCUCUCCUUUCGCUCCACACACUUGCUUCAGAGGGAGCAGAAUAGCUAUCGUGGCACCCAAGUCGGAGGCGUUAGGCCUCAAAGCCUGGCUGCGAGCAACCCCAACCAACAGAUGAACGUGGUGCUGUCUGGCGGAGGCAUGAACUUGCCCUAUGGCAUGGCAGAGCAGGGAAACAUGGCCCAAAGAGGGGCGCCCCCUUACGCGGGGGGCCAUUGCAUCAAUCAAAUGAACCCCGUGCAUCCAAUGAACGCCAUGGGUCCCAUCAAUCCCAUGAGUUCCAUGAACGCGAUGAACCAAAUGGGGCCGAUGAAUCCGAUGGGCCACCACGGCAUGCAUCAGCACCAACAUCAACAGAUGGCUUCGUUCCACGGGGGUGGACCUGGAGCUGGCGCGUACGGCAUGGGAGUGACCAGUCCCCCUCUGGCCAGUCCUGGCAUAAACGGGCCCCCACACAAUGUCAUGGGUUCGCCCCGAGUCCGAGGAAGCCCCAAGAUGGGCGCAAGCCCCUUCUCUCCCGGAGGUCUGAAUUCUCCCAUGAGCUCCGGUCACCCAGGCAACUCGGGAGGCGGCACCACUACUUUCUCCAGCAGCUCCCUGAAUGCUCUGCAAGCCAUCAGCGAGGGCGUGGGCAAUCCGCUGACGUCCCCGAGCGCACACAAGCCCGACAGCUCGCCGAGCAUCAAUUCCACCAACCAGGUGGGGGGCGGGGCCUGCAAAUCCAGCCUCCCCUCCCACUGCGAGUCGAAGAGCCCAGGGAGCUCCCUGGGGGCAACGGCCGAGCAGCAUCCCCGCACCCCCUCCGGCGAGUGCGCUUCGGACAAACCGGACAGUCAGGCGGGCAGAGAGGCGGGGCCAAACAUGGGAGAAUCAAAUCGUCGGGCGCCUGACAAAAGCCACAAGAAGCUUUUGCAGCUCCUCACAUCCCCGGCAGAUGAGCUCGUGCCAGCGAAACACCCCCCGAGCUCCGGGCCCGGUUCCACACCGGAUGUCAAAGACGCGACCACUGGUGUCACCAGCCCUUCCUCCUCAGGCGGCGGUCAUGGUGCGGUGUCCUCCUCUGGCAACGCGGGGCACUUCACAAGUCAGUCACUGCAGGAGAAGCACAAGAUUCUCCACAAGCUCCUGAAAAAUGGCAACACUCCGGACGAGGUGGCCCGCAUUACGGCCGAGGCCACUGGCAAGAGUAGCUUAGAGUCGCCCGGCGCACCUGAGGCGGGAGCCGCAGCUGUCGCCGGGGGCCGGGCGUCCGAGUCCAAGCAGGAGCAGCACAGUCCCAAGAAGGAGGUGUCCAACGCGCUCCUUCACUACUACCUGCUAAAUAAGGACGACUCCAAAGAGGGUGCUGAUAUCAAGCCAAAGCUGGAGGAGCUGGAGGCGAGGGGCGCUCCGGGACCCGGGGUCUCGAGCUCCGACGGCCACUCGCUGGAUGGCAAGGUCAAGCUCGAGCCAUCUGAUGAGGUGGAGACCCUGGAGACCAUCCUCGGGACGAGGAAUGUUUCGGGUUUCUUCCCCGAGCCCGAUUCCAGAUCAGGAAAAGAAGUCGGGAACAAACAGGGAGUACUGCCCGACAGUUUCCUCGAAAGAGAUCGAGGCCCCGUAACUCCAGGUCAGCGAGGUGCCUGUCAAAGAGCCUUGUCUGUGGAUGCUAAGCCGAUGGGUGGAGAAGUGUCAGUGGGAGUUGGCUUGGCUGGAAGAAGGAAUGCGCUCUGUCCCACGCUCAUCAAACAAGAGAACACGGAUGCACCCAUCCGACCUGGGGGGGUUCCCAACGGCUUUCCCGGCGUGUGUCCGCCCAGAGGCCAUCCAACAAGAGGCGUGGUCCGAGGGGCGGGAACGCCUCAACGCUCUCCGAUGGCAGGGCCGGGGGAAUGGCUCAUGCAAAGAUCAAACACCAGCCCGAUGACUGGACCGGGUCACCCGGGCAUGGGUCGCUCUGGUCUCAUGGCCGGAGCCAUGCUCAACCGCUCCAACAGUGUACCCGCAAACACGAGGUCAAUCCUGCAGCAGCAACUUCUGGAGAUGGGUACCAAUGAAGGCAACGUGAGUAUGAGCCCGUUUGGCGGGCACGGGCCCUCACCCCGGUCCCCUUCCUGGCCAGAGUCUGCCAUAGGGAUGGAAAGAUCACAGAGUAAUCCAAGCAGGUCCAGGGAACCAUUUGGCAAUUCUCUACCGGAGCUUGUGUGCCCCCCGGCGAGCAGUGAGGGACCGAGUGAUGAGCGGGCGCUUCUGGAUCAGCUGGACUCUCUGCUGAACACUGCCGACGUCAUUGCGUUGCAGGAAAUAGACCGGGCCCUGGGCAUCCCUGAAAUAGUGGGCCAGAACCACGGACCUGAGGGUCAUCCGCAGGCCCACGAUCAAGGACAGUCCCAACCGGCCCCCUCAGAGCCUUUCACGGGGCCCGACUCAAGCAUCGGCUUGGAGCAAAAGCCCAUGUAUGGCCAAGGGUAUCCCGGGCCACCGGGACCCACCUCGAUGGGCAUGCAGCCCGGUUACGGCGGCAACGCCAUGCCAAGCCAAUCUCCUGCAGGAUACAACCCCUUGAUGAAUCAAAUGGGCCAGGCCGGAAGCUUCCCGGGAAUGGGGGGCAUGGCGGGUCUGGGUAACCCCCGUGCCAACAUGAUGAGACCCCGCAUGAUGACUGCCAGCAAGCCUCUUCGACUGCAGCUACAGCAGAGGCUUCAAGGACAACAGUUUAUGAACCAGACGCGUCAAGGCAUGAAGAUGGAAGGGAAUCCGGCCAUGCGCCCUGGCAUGCGCCCUGGCAUGCAACCCGGCAUGCAGCCUGCUAUGCGACCUGGGAUGCAGCCCGGAGGAAUGAGUGGUCAGCCUGGUUUCCUGAAUGCUCAGAUGAUGGCCCAGCGCAGCAGGGAAGUGAUGACCAUGCAGAUGAGGAGGCAGCGAAUGAUGAUGCUGAUGCAGCAGCAACAGCAGCAGCAGCAGCAGCAGCACCAGAUGCAGGCGGCGCAGGGGGCUGCCGCAGGAUUCAGCCCUCCUCCUAAUGUCACCGCACCAGGAGGAAUGGACAGCGCCAUGGGAGGGCCCGGCAUCAACCAGCCAGGACAGCAGGGAUUCAACUAUGGAGCUAACUAUGGUAUGAACCAACAAGGAGAGCAAUCGUUCAUGGCUCCCAGUAGCAGCCCACCGCAAAAUAUGAUGACGGCGAGGAUGGGAGGUCCUGCUCAGAGCAACAUGAUGUCAGGAAUGCAAGGAAAUCCACAGGGAGGCUCCAUGUAUCCGUCAGGAGACAUGAAGGGCUGGCCGCAAGGUGGAAUGCCACGCAAAAGCUCGUAUCCCCAGCAACAGUUUGCGCAGCAGGGGAACCAGGGCCAGUUUGGGAACAUGAUGAUGAACAACUCCCUUGGCAGAACCGGCGCGGUCGGUGGUGCCGGCUCAGCCCAAAUGGGCCAAAUGCCGGGCCAGAUGCAAAAUCAAAUGCAGGGCCAGAUGCCAGGACCAAUGCAGGGUCAGAUGGGCAUGAACCCUAUGGGAAUGGGUCGGAUGCCGAUGGGACCUGAUCAGAAGUAUUGCUGAGGGCAUGAGCAGAACACGGUGAGCCUUGCCACCAAGGUCUGGGCCCAGAGAACACCUAAACAUUAUUCUCCAGCAUCAAACAUGAACGACAUCGACACAACACACUGCUCAUCCGAGAGCAAAAUUGCCCUCAGGAUGAAUUUGUGCCAGGUUGUAUCUCCAACUGGAGCUUUGCACCCUCAUAUUAGGACGCGUGUGUGUGUCUGUGUGUGUGCACGUGCAUGUGCGCGUGUGUAAGACUUGGAGAUGGCAGGCAGUGUUGAGCAAAACGGGGAGCGACGGUACAACUGGCUCUGACUGCACUUUACUUGGAGGUUUCUGGAUGGAAAACCAUUGAUGCAAUAUUUCCUCAUCUUUACAGCCUUACGAGAAAUUUGAUGCCUUCACAACAAUGGGUUUGUUUUUUUAUAUAUUUUUUAUGGUUGUUUUUUUUUUUGUUGUUGUUGUUUUGUUUGUGUUUGUUUUUAAUUGUCUGGAUGGCCUCAUGCAAAAGUCAUUGGAAAAUAUAAGCACACUUUCUUCCGGUAUACAGAUUGGAGCAAUAAUGUCAAUGUUUUCGUCUGUAAGUGAGCAUCUCAACCUCUCUUCUAAGCAAGCAAAUGGUACUGCAGUAUUAGAUGUCUCAAACAUCAUCUGUGAAUAGGAAUUGUACAUAUUCGACAAAAUAUAUCAACCGUGAUUUUUCAAGGCUUAUUAUUGCACAAAGAAUGAGACUGGUUUGUGUUUUGGGGGGGGGGUCCGCGAGGUCACAGCUGAUUUGGUUAAUUUUUUUUCUUCCUUUCACGCCUUUCCUAAUAUUACAGUUCUGACGGGACUUCCCUUCCUUCAUUUGUCUUCACCCUUCCCCCCAAUCCCCUCCCACCCCCACGCUUUAAACGCUGUAAUUUUUUUUUUCUGCGAAUGUGUGUAUUUCAUGUCUUAGCGAGGCACUUUUAAUCGUGACAAGGAUCUGAUGAACUGAAGGCUUUUGAGCUUUUGUAUUGUGCUCUUGGAAAGUGGUGGAAGUCUUUUUGGACUGUCAGUCACGUUAAAGCUGUUCUGUCAGGUGACGUGCGGGAUGAGCUUUGGAUGUGCAUUUCACUGCAGUAUAACGAGGACAUGAACAAACAAAAAAUGGGCAGUUCAUCAUGUGUCCGGUCCUCACAUUGUUCUCCUUCCGGCUUCCUCUUUCUGUGGAGUGUAUUUUAUUUUAUUUGGGUGUUUUGUUUUUUUAAGCCAUUUUGUCAUUUUCCAUUGGACUCUUAUUCUGCUCAAUCUACCUUUUCAACAAGCGCAAUCCAAAGAUAGUUUUCCACAUCUUUGUAUAGUUUUUAAGGAUUUGGGUGUACAUUUUUAAUGAUAUAUCAUUGUUUUUUUCAGAUGGUAAAUGGGUACAUAUCAUACACCUGUAAACGCAUAUGAGGGUGAUAUAUUUUAGUCAUAGACGGGACAUUGAAGUUGUUCGGAGCUCUGUGCAGGAAGGAUUUAGAAAUUCCCCGCUGCACAGUUUUUUUUUAAUGCAAAUAAGCAAGGUUGAAUUCCAGUCAUAUCAACGGCGCAAAUACAACUUCAUUCGAUGCCCAGAUUUUACUACUUUGGUGGAAAAGAACUUUGUAAUAUUUGAAUGAAGUGCAAAGCGACGCAAAUGAACAUGGAGCUGUUUUGCCUUCUCUGGGACAUGAAUAGCUUUGUUAUUUUACAGGAUGUAUAUUACAGGGUGGGGGGGGGGGUUCAGUUGUUGAUAUUGAUGUAAAUACAAAAUUCUAUUUAAACACGUUGAUUGCGAACUUAUGAUUAUCAGCGGGCACAUCAGCUGGUAUAUUAUGUUUACAAAAUAAACAAACGAAACCA